AUGGGAUGUGGUCUCUCCACGCUCGAUGUGGAGAAAACAUAUUUUAACGAGCUCAGCAAGGUUGUUCGGGCUUCCGAUGAAGCUUUUAUUGAAGAUAGAUGGAAGCCGGAAGGAGAUAGGUCUUCGGUUAUUUCAACCGAGAGGAGAGUAUGGAUGUUGAUGGAGCCAUAUCCACAAAGAAUCUGCAUCCUUUCGCGAUGGUGGUGGACGGUGGAGGAGACCCGUGAGUGGUGGGUUUUGGAGCAGUGA